GGGAACUCUACGUCUCAACAUGCGCUAGACUAAUAGGUGUUUUUACAUUUUUUUACUCUCGUAGACAAUGAAUUAAAUUCAAACUCAAAAUAAAAUUAAUUGUCAACAUCCAAGUACUCAAAGCAACGAACCAUAAGAUUUGAUUAUAUCGUGUAUUGCUUAAUACUCAAAAACACAGUAAGGUCAUAAAGUUUCUUAGAAUUGUUUGGUCUUGAGUUGAACUCAAACAAGUCUAGUUGUGUUCAUUUAUGAAUCGUAAGGAAAUUAAUGAGAUGCCAAACCAUUCCGUUGUAUACAGAAUGAUCUGUCAGUUGGCCUGAAAUAUCGAUCUACAAAUAUUCAUCAAUCGAUCGAAUAAUCAAGCCUAUGUCACCAGGAAAGCAGGAGAAUUAGUCGGAAAAAGACAUAGGUUACUUGCGCAAAACUUAUCCGGUGAAAAGUUGUGAAUAUUCAUGAUGACUGAGAAGACUCCGGGAAAUAUUCUUGGUACAUCUGGAGUUAGAACCAGAAAAAUUUCCCAUAUGGUACCAAAAAUUGUGCCCAAGACUGUGUCUCCGAAUUUGAAGAAAACUUUCGUUGAAUACUGUCAAAGUUCAACUAUACAAGGAUUGAGUUACUUAGUAAAGGAAUCUUCAGCUUUCGAAAAGUUAUGGUGGUUCUCAACCAUUGGUUUGUGCAUAAUUGGAUGCAUCUAUAUGAGCUACAGAAAUUACGUGAAUUGGAAAGAUAAACCUAUAAUUGUGUCCUUGGCAACCAAAGAUGUUGGAAUCUGGGAAAUACCCUUCCCUGCAACAACGAUAUGUCCAGAAACGAAAACUAGGAUAGAUUGCCUCGAUUAUACCGAAGUUUUGAAGGAUUGGAAAGCUGGUAAUCCUCUAGAUGAAACUCAGAAAGAAUUUUUCGAGUACAAGUCUUUAACAUGUUUGAAAAGCAACUAUGGGAAUUUGUCAGAAGGACCGGCUUUAUUCGAUGAUGAUUAUUACGAAUUCUUAUACCAGUGCAGAUCAGUUGACUUGGAUUUCAGCUAUUGCAAAUGGAUGGGAAGAACUUACAGCUGUUCAGAGAUUCUGAAACCUAUAAUGACGGAUGAAGGCCUAUGCUUUAACUUCAACAUGUUUGACGUUCACGAUAUAUAUACUGAUGAUGUGAAAAAGCACAAUUGGGAUGUAGAUCGCAACUUAUCCUAUGCUUGGGAUCCUGAAGAUGGAUAUGCCAAAGACUAUUUCUUGAAUGGAACCCCAAAACGUUCGGUGGAACCAGGAGCAAAAAAUGCCCUAAUGGUCGCAUUUUUCACAAGAAAAGAAGACAUAAUAAGCUCCUGUCGUGACUAUUCUAAACAAGGAAUGAGAGUAUCCCUUCAUAUGCCGAAUCGGAUUCCUAGGCCAAGUGAAGUGUCCUUCCAUGUAGGAUUGGAAAGUUUAGUCUCUGCUGCAGUGCUACCAACCAUGUCUUAUACGUCUACUGACGUGAAGAGCUUCGUUCCUGACGUGAGGAAUUGUUAUUUCUCGAAAGAGAGGAAGCUGAGAUAUUUCAAAGGUUAUUCGCAGAAUAACUGCAACAUGGAGUGUACCACAAAUUUCACGAUGAAAGCCUGUGGAUGCGUAGCAUACUAUAUGCCGAGAAGUAAUAGUACUCCAGUUUGUGGAUUAGCUAAAGUGGCUUGCUUGGAGGCAGCUUCAUCUUUUUUAUCAGAACAAGAUGCUGAUGAUGAUAUUGUUUCUGUGGUUGAUAAAUGUGAUUGUCGACCUCUGUGCGUGGAUAUAACAUAUGGUGUUGAACUGUCAGAUGGCGAGUGGCACUGGUAUGAGCAGGUACUGGUUCAAGAAUUUGACAAAGAAACAUUAGAGUCUUUAGAUAAAUACACGGUAUCUGCUGUUAGGAUAUUCUUCAGAGAUUCGUUCUUUUUACCGAAACAACGACGAGAACUUCUCGAAACAUCUGAUCUUAUAUCCAACUUUGGUGGUAUCCUCGGACUGUUUACAGGAUUCUCACUGUUUUCGCUAGCAGAAAUAAUAUAUUUCGUGGCGAAACCAUUGAUCCAGAGCUUCCAAAAACACCCAGAAGCCAACCACCAGCCUCAAGUGGUAGAAACAUGAAUUCAUAGUACAAAGUCUAUCGUCUCAUCGAUGGAUGAUAUUGAUCGUGCUAUUAUAAGAAUGAAAAUAUCUGUAACUCAAAUAAAUAAUGACUUCAGAAAUGCCUCAUAACUUAUUUCAAAUCUGGAAUAAAAUUUACUAACUAG